UCAUUUGUCAUUCUAGAACCCACCUGCUCUGUAAGACGGCGUCGCCUGAUUGGUCGAGCCGAAAUCCAUAAAAAGCAACCCCGUGCCUGUCACUCGGCAGUCUGUCAACAGCUAGCGACGAAGAGGAUUUACAGCGUGCCAAAGAGCAACUCUUCUCUCCUGCUUUGCAGCAGCAAGUGAUGAGCAUUGAGAACAAGCUUCUAAGCAUGGCCGAUGGAGAAGCACCCAAACGCUCCGCUGAAGACGGUGGCAGCCAACAUUACAAGCGAGCUCGCGGUGGCUCAGGCUCCGAUGCCAACCGUAUUGAACUCCGCGUCUUGAUCCACAGCAAGAAUGCUGGAGGUGUCAUUGGCAAGGGUGGUGAGACCAUAAAGAGGCUGCGUGUUGAGUACAGUGCCAAUGUAGGCGUGCCCGAUUGCCAUGGGCCCGAGCGCAUUUUGACCAUCAAGUCAGAAAUGGACAACGUCAUCGCCUGCUUGAUGGAGUGUAUCCCUCUGAUCUCUGAGCCGGAUUCUGGAGUUCGUCUUAUAGUACAUCAGAGUCAUGCUGGAGCCAUCAUCGGACGUGCUGGAUACAAGAUCAAAGACCUCCGCCAGAAAACCACAGCCAACAUCAAGGUGUACACAGAGCUCUGCCCCAACUCUAGCGAUCGUAUCGUCCAGGUCAACGGGAGCCCUGAUGUCAUCUCCAAUGCUGUCAGAUCCAUCCUGGAGCUGAUUGAUGAGGUUCCGAUAAAAGGCCUCUCCCAGAAGUACGACCCCUUCUGUUUCGAUGAGUUUAUCAGUCACAUGUACGGUGGCUUCACCUACGAGAAUAGAUUCGAGGGCAACCGUGGCGGUCCCCGCCGUGGAGGCGGUGGUGGGGGCGGAUUCCGUCAAGGCGGGGGUGGCCGAGGAGGAGGAGGUAGAGGCGGAGGAGAGAGCGGCGGGAUGAGGGACAACUUCGGACAGAGAGGCAACAGAGAUUUUGGUCGCGGUGGUGGCGGCGGUGGUGGUGGGGGUGGCGGUGGCUUCUACCAGGACGAAGGGGGCUUCGGCAACAGGCGAGGUGGUGGAGGAGGAGGCUUUGGAGGGAACAGAGCCAGAGGCGGCGAUCGAGGAAACAGAGGAGGUGGUGGUGGCGGUGGACGUCGUAAUUUCGGUGAAGACAGCUUUGGGUAUACCGGUGGAUUCUCACAGACUCAGCAAGCAGAGCCUAACAGCCACCAGGGCGGUCAUUUUGAUGGGCCAGGAGGUCAUGACUCUGGUGAAAUUACCACAAGCCAAGUGACUAUUCCUAAAGAUCUGGCUGGUUCCAUCAUCGGUACUGGUGGGGAGAGAAUCCGCACCAUCCGUAACAACUCUGAGGCAAAGAUCAAGAUCGAGGAAGAAGUGGAAGGGAGCAAGGAUCGUAUCAUCACCAUCACUGGCACCUACGAGCAGAUCGAGAACGCACAGUUCAUGCUUCAAAACAGUGUAAGGCAGUAUUCCGGUCAGCUGUUUUAGGAGUUUCGGCGAAAAAUCCACCAAGCUUUCGAUGUCACAAGCCGUGACCGUGUUCCCCUAAAACAGACUCCUUACCGCGUUGAACAAAGCCGCAGUGAACAGUUUAGAUUUUUUUUAAAAGCACCCGUAAAGUCUGUCUUGUACAUUUUUUCUAAAUAUAUCCAAGAUUGCACGUCACCAUUUUAUGAAAGCAGUUGAUUUUGAAUAAAAAACAAGUUGAAACCUUGUAGUGUAGAAUUUUCAGUUUACCAUGUCUACCUGGCUAGGAACUCUGAGAAGUGUGAUUUUUUCUAGUCAAAAAUUUUGAAAUGUAUUAUUUGUGUUUUCCGCUCCUUGAUCAACAUUCUGCUUUUUAUUGGAUGAAAUUGAAUGAAUUAAAAACUGAAAAAUAAUAAGAAACUACAAUUUUGGCUUUCUUGUUCUUUCAUGGUUAAGAUUCCACGAUUUUUAAAAUGGAACUUUGUCUUCGGCCAAUUAAAAAGCCCAGUUUCUACCAGUUAAAGCAAACAAAGGAGAAAAUACAUUUGACUUUUUCAAACCUUUAUUUUGUAGGAAUUUUGUUAGCUUUUAACUAGUUACAUUCCCAUCUUAGUUGUUCAUAAAAUCUUGUCUUUAAUUUUCCAUAAACAGAGAAAUUGCUGCACAGAAACAAGCUGGUGGUCACUUGAUAGUCAUUUAAUCAAUUUAGUGAAUUGACUCUUUAUAAUUACUUCUUUCAGAAACUUUAAGGAUUUAGCCUGCACUGUAGUUCACAAUUACUUUUUAAACAGGGCAAAAUUUCUUAAAAGCUGGCGAGCAUGAGCAGUUUGCCAAGUCUAGAAAAAUCUUGCUUAUUAGCAGAUAUGGGUUACCAGCGAGGAAACCAUUUCAUGUACAUUACUUCCGACUCGUGUGGUGCUACUUUAUUCUCAGCAAAUCUAUUGGUUGUUAGCGAUUUUGUUUGCUCACCAGCUUUUAUGAAAUUGGACCUAGGAGUUGGUACUUCUUUGUGUUACUUUUCGUAAAAGUUGUAUUCAAUUUAAUCAGAUUAUUUUGGCUAUCGGUUUAUGGCUUUGGCUCUUGCUAGAUCACCGAUUUUGCCAGUAUGUUAAUGCAACCAUUGUCAGCCAUAGCCGAAAUCAUUCAAUUUGCUAUAAUCAUAAGGUUUUUAUUUUAAGUGAAUUAAGUCACUGUUUAGUACUCUCUCGUGUUUUAUCAACCCAAUUUUAUGCUAUCAUUUGUGUAUCAGAUGCUUCUGAUACUUCAAGAACAACUAAUUGGGUAUUGUCUGGUUUGUUAAAAAGCGUAAUUGAGAGACAAAAUGUAAAUCUUAAAAAGCACAAAUUCCCUUCUUGUAUAUUAAUGCCACCUGUAAGUCCAACUUGUAAAAUCUACCCUUUUUGUAGUUGCUUUUAUUCUUUUAAUGAUGAUAUCUAAAAGGGCAACAUGAAUGAUAGGGAAAUGUGUAAAUGGUUUGAGAGAAUUGCUAAGAAUGUUCCACCCGUGAUUGAUUUUUUUAAGUAAACUGGAAUUUUGAAUGGAAAUAAAACCACUGAUGCCUUUUCAUGGAAAA